GUCAACUCUGAACGUGAACGUCCACUUUUGAAAUAAAAAAAAGAAUGAAGAGCGUCGGAGUUUUCUGUUUAUUGUCGGCGGUAGUUUUGGUAACAUCACGCCCCGAAACAUACACAGAUCGUUUUGAUAAUAUCAACUUACAAGAAAUAAUCGACAAUCAUCGGUUACUCAAGGCUUAUAUUAAUUGCAUACUGGAUGUAGGAAAAUGCACGAACGAGGGCCGUGAACUUAAAAUGCACAUCAAGGACGCAAUUGAGAACCGAUGUGACAAGUGUACUGAAGUCCAGCGCAAUGGAACAAGGAUUGUGAUCCGUCACCUCAUUAACCAUGAACCAUCUUCCUGGGAUGAACUGGUUCAGAAGUACGACCCUGAGAGGAAAUACGUUGUUAAAUACGAAGCAGAACUCAAAGACGUUCUUAAGGAUUAGAACAAAAUUAAUAAUUUAAUUGUUUUAAGUUUAAUAGUGUGAUAAAUUUAAAAAACUUAAUUAAACUGACAUCAGUAUUUCAACAUGCACAACAUAUGUUUAAGUGUAGUAAAUUAAUUAUUAAUAAAGAUAUGAUAAAUCG